AUGGAUGACGGGUUCUUUACAUCAGGACCCUUGCCGGACGACGAUUACCAGGCCGGUCCAACUAUCCCGCCACACAUCCAGACUCUUUUCGCCGAGUUCGCCAGAACUCGACCCAGAGCCUCAUCACCUCGUCCAACGGUAGCCUCAGCCACUCGCCGGUCUCGUACUCCUCCUUCCGAGAAACCUACAUCAUCAAAGCUCGACCUGCGCGCCCUCGAUUAUGUCUCAGACUACGACUCCCAUCUGAUGUGCCCAAUAUGUCAUGUCCCAUUCCUCGAUCCUGUUGUCCUCGAGUGCGAUCAUACAUUCUGUCAGGCAUGCUUAACUGAGUAUCGAGAUGGACUUUCCAGCCCGACUAGGUCACAAUGUCCCACAUGUCGUACUCUUCUGCUGUCUCCUCCUCGCAAGGCUUCUAGGCUGAUUGUCAACAUGUGCAAUGACAUUGCAGUUCGGUGUCCGAACCAAGAUUGUCAAGACCUUGUUCCCAGAGGUUGUAUCGAGUCUCAUGCGACCAAAGAAUGUCCUCAUGAGCAAUUGCCCUGUCCAGGUGUGGAAUGUGGAAAGACCGUUAAGAGGAAGAAUUUUGUGCCUGACCAAUGCAUUCAUACCUCCCAUAUUGAAUGCGACUGCGGAGUCAUCAUCGAGCUUGGCAGAGGAGAAUGGCUCAGGCACAAAGACGAGGAGUGUCCAAACACCGGCGUUAAAUGUCAAAAGUGUGACCAUCGCAUAUCUGCCAAGAAUUAUGUGAAUGGUGCCACUGGCCACAUAUGUAACGAGGACGAAUCAACUCUCUGUCCAGGAAGACCAUUUGGAUGUACCGAUCAGUUUGAACGCGAGGACCUAAAUACGCAUACACAGUCAUGCUUCCUCGCACGCCUAGCGCCAUUUCUCAACAGACAAUCUCAACACUUGCAAUCUCUUCAAGAGCAAUUGGCAAUGGCCAAAGUCCGCAACGAAGUCCUCGAAAAUGGCUUCGACAAGAUCAAUGACAUUGUCAAUGAUCGAAUCUUGCCUUACAUCCAUUCGGACCAAUCUCCACCCGGCGAAGCAUCCGACAUCGAGGAAAUCGAGCGUGAUCAUAUUCCCUCCGCCAUCUCUCACCGUGACCUGCUCAUGCCAGCUCAUCUUCGUGCCCUGACCCCAUCUCCGGAUCCGGAAGCCACUUCUAUCUCACAAACACAGCAACACUUGCUCGCUUUGCAUGAGUCGCUUCGUGGGAACGUUACUACCCUGGAGCACGAUAUAUCUGCCAUAUCCAAUGCCAUUUCCGACCUUGAUGCUCGUACAUCGAUGCAGCUGAUGAAUGAGACGUUAAGAAUCAAGGAGGACCUCGCGCAUACAAAUGCGGCUCUUUUCAGUACAAGGGCACAAGUUCAGUGGCUUUUGAAUAGAGAGAGAGUCGGUCAACAACAGCAAGCCAUGAACAUGCGUGGUCGAGCACCAUCUGCUCAGCCCCAAGGCCAAAAUGUCUCUCAGUCAACCAGAAGCUCCAUAUCUGAAGGAAAUGAUCCAUCUGCUCAGCCUUCCGGUUCUGAAUCCCAUCCGUCUGCUUCAAGUCUCGGUCAAAGCCCGGUUUUCCGGCCCCAGAAUAGGAGGCUAAGCGGUGGUAGUCAGGAGAGAGUGAAACUAUAA